AUGGUCGAAGAAGGAGGCAUUGAAGCCCAAUCAGCCAAACGUGCUAAGAAUGUAGGACGAUAUCAGCCCUCUGUCGCCCGUAAUGCCAGCCUGUCGCAACUAUUCCUUCCUACUCUUUUCCAAUUGUUACUGCGACCCAUUUGUUCGACAGGACAGUCCUCGAUGCUCGCCAAAGCCCAUUCUGGAAACCCGAUGACAUCCCGGAAAAGACAGGAGGAGGAGAUGCCCACUUCCGCGCAUAUAGGGACCUGGGCAUUGUUCGCGCUAGCCGUAGGAUACAAAGCAAAUAAUCAUGGAGCAACUACGGAGCCGUGGGCAAGGACGCUCUCGCUCUUUACAUUCUUUCCAAGAGUUUAUUCCACAGCAACAGACGACCGCUUCCUGUCUGCACCACGCUCAGAAAUUCCUAUCUCCAGGCGCUCAGUACCUAUAUGGACCAAGGCGAAGGAUAUUAUGUCAGAUUUAGGACAUAAAUACGGUAUAUCUGGAGAUUUAUCGAAAAUAGAAAAGAGAAGAAUCGUCUGUCUUCACGCAUGCGACCUCCGAACCUCAUAG